CAUACAGGACAGGAGAAGUGGAACUAUGCAGAGUCCAUACAGGACAGGAGAAGUGGAACUAUGCAGAGUCCAUACAGGACAGAAGUGGGACUGUGCAGAGUCCAUACAGGACAGGAGAAGUGGGACUGUGCAGAGUCCAUACAGGACAGGAGAAGUGGGACUGUGCAGAGUCCAUACAGGACAGGAGAAGUGGGACUGUGCAGAGUCCAUACAGGACAGGAGAAGUGGGACUGUGCAGAGUCCAUACAGGACAGGAGAAGUGGGACUGUGCAGAGUCCAUACAGGACAGAAGUGGGACUGUGCAGAGUCCAUACAGGACAGGAGAAGUGGGACUGUGCAGAGUCCAUACAUACAGAAU